AUGCGCGGCAUACUUCUUGAACUUGAUUGUUCAAGAUGGAUUGUCAGUGAAGCUCUAGAGAAGAUUAGGGACAGUGUGAAGUUUGUAAAAGGUUCAGAUUCUAGGGAGAGGAUGUUUGAAGCUUGUGUGGAAACUGUUGGCAUUCAGAAUAAGAACAAUGCUGGUCUUAUUUUGGAUGUGGCCACGAGGUGGAUCUCGACCUACUCGAUGUUGUCUAGAGCUAUUAAGUUUAAAGAUGCAUUGCGUAAUCUCUCUGAAGUUGAGCCAAGCUACAAGUUUUUUCCUUCAGAAUUGGAAUGGUCAAGAGCAGCACUCAUCAAUGAGUUUUUGUCUCCAUUUGCUGAGAUGACAAAGCUGGUUUCAGGCUCUUCAUACCCUACUGCCAACCUGUACUUUAUGCAUGUGUGGAAAAUAGAAACUUGGUUGAUAUAUCAUGCGGCUUCAGAGGAUGAGGCAAUACGUGAAAUGGUGAAGAUCAUGAAGCUAAAAUUCGAUAAAUAUUGGGAGGAUUACAGUGACAUAGUUGCAAUUGCUGCUGUCUUGGAUCCAAGGUUGAAGUUCAAGUGCUUAGAAUACUGUUAUAGCACUCUAAACCCAUCAACAAGCAAGUCUAAAGCAGAUUGUAUCCGUAAGAAGAUAGAGAAGCUGUUUCGAGUGUAUAAGAAGACUACUAAGACCACGACAGCAACAACUUCAGAAACCACAUUGGAGAAUAGCUUACCAGCUGGUUAUGGUAGUCAUCUUUUAGUGCUGGAAGCCGGGUCCUUACCAAGUACAGAAGCCGACUACUACCAUCCAAUGUACAAGCUCUCAUCUGUACAAGGAACUGGAUCCGUGGGUUUGAACCGAUGA